UUGCAUCUAUGGAAUAAAUGAAAAUCACUCCUCGUUUUAAACUCCUCUUUUCAAAUUCUGUAAAAUCGAAUCUUUGACUAGUAUGCAUAGAUAUGGUACUGCAAUGGCGUGGAACGUGUUUAUGUUAUGUACAGCUUUACGAGGUCUCGGAUCCAUCAUGAUCUUAUUAGUUCUCGGUAUUGUCGGUGUUACUUAUUACGUCGUCUUUUUGACUAAUUAUGGACAUGCUCUCUCUCAAGGAGGCCUUGAUUCCCUUCUAGCUCUUACCAUCCUUGUCCUCUUGCAUUUACUUCUGGCGAUGCUUUUGUGGAGCUACUUCUCUAUUGUUUUCACUGAUCCUGGUGUUGUGCCACCUAAUUUGAUACCAGCUAUUGAUGAAGAGAGGGGUGAAUCUGAUCCGUUAACUAGUCUGGAGUUUGUGGGUUUACAGACAAAAUCUUCAAACCCUAGAGUUAGGUUUUGUAGGAAGUGCAAUCAACCUAAACCUCCUCGUUGCCAUCAUUGCUCUGUUUGUAGGUUCUUUUUUUUUUUAAUAUGGAGAAUCUUGAAGUUGAAUGGUGUGGCUGAUUGUGUUACAUAGGUGGUAGGUGUGUGUUGACGAUGGAUCACCAUUGUGUAUGGGUUGUUAACUGUGUAGG